AUGCCCCGGGAGUUCUUCCUGACCAUGGUAACGCCACAGCCGGGGAACUCAGGCAAGGGCCCCCCCCCCACCAAACCCAACCCCUUUGCCCCCACGGUCUUCGGACGCUCCAUUCCUCACAAGUCCCAGCUUUGCCCACUGGCCCCUUCAGGCCCUUUAUUGGAAAAGUUUACUCUUCCUGGGGGAAAGGUGCAGUCGCUCACCCGAACCCCUCUGCAAGCCAACCUCUGGAAGAAAGGGGAAUCUUCACCGUCCCCCUACCAGCUUCCACCAAAGCGACAACGUCUUCCUGCGUCAGGAGUCAGGCCGCAAGCAGGCUCUCCAAAAGGGCCAUACACGGGCAGCCGUUGCCCGUGCUCCCCACCCAAUACGAGCCUCCACUGGCCCCUUGAGUGCACACAACCCCCCCUGACACCACACAUCUCGGGGUGCGUCGGGGAAUCCAUCGUGGCCAACAUAUCAGGCCCGUUACUAGGGUCUUCUCAGCCCCGGUCCACUGCCCGGCGGUGGUUCCCAUCUACUGACCCCCUCCACCUCCCAUGUGCGGGUUUCGGGCGCUUACCCAAGGGGGGGGGGGCCCGGGGAAACCCAAAGGGACAGCGGCGCCACCUGCAGGGCCCCAGGGUGUGCCCGCUUGACGGGUUUGCAGCUGCUGGGCCUGAAAAACGUCAAAAAAGAAAUCCGGGCCAGGACCACAAUAUUCUUCCGCAGCCCCCAGGGACAAACCCCUACCCCGCGCCUCCAACCCGCGCCAGCUGGGACAGGUCUGUCACCUCACGAGUCCGCUUCUCAAGUGGCCCGUAUACCUCGGCCCGGUGGUGGUGCCCGAAACGAAUUUCAAAGCCUCUACCACGCGGGGUAAGAGGGAUGUGGCUACCGCCCCAGUCCUUGCGCAUGCUGGAGGCAUCGGGGAAUCCCUCCCGGGGGAGGAAGGGUUUUCCGCUCCUCCGACAUGAUACGUCGUGCCCUCCUUACCGCAGCCCCAACCAAGUUGGAAAAGCCCCGGGCUCACCUUCCCCAAAGUACCUUCCCUUUAGCCUUCCGGUCCCCGGAGGUCUGUCGGGCCGCAGGGGACGACCUCCUUACCAAAGGCCCCCCACAUCCUGCGCCAGUGGGGGCAGUGCUCCCACGCUCCCGGUUGCUUUUCAAACGGGCCCCAAUAACCGGCCUGGGGGUGGUGCCCCAAAAAAAGGGGUUUCAAACCCAGCCACGGGUGAAGGGCAUGUUGGGGGCCCGGGAGAUGCCCCAACACUUUCCCCGCGGGGCCCCUUAGCGCUGUUUCCAGGGGGGGUUUCCAAGGGUCCCCAGCUUCUGCAGCACCACUGGCGCGACACGACCUGCGAGGCCCGGGGGUUUCCUGCACAGACCCCGGGAACCCCAGUAAAUCUACACUUGGAUCUGUUGCCAGAACCCGGCUGCCUUCCUGCUUGCAAUUUUCUACCUGUGACGCCGCCUUUCCUCAUUCCUUUCCCCCCUCAGGCCCGAACCCCCGCCCCCAGGGUUGACCCCCAUCAGUUACUCUUCACGCUGUUGCAGGCCUUGUCGGGUUUCUGCGAGUUUCCUCUUCACGAUGCAAGAUGCCUGUAG